AUGACAAAGCAUUGCCUUAGAUGGAUCUCUAGGAACUGUCCAGCAAAGAGACCUGCUGUGUUCAUAGGGAAAGGAGAUCGUCGGCGAUCUCCCCAUAAUGAGGCAAAAUGUGGCACGGCAGAGAGAGGCUAUCAGCCAUGCACAAGCAAAUUGAUAGCGAACAAAUUAUUCAAGUCAUGCUGUGAGCUGUACGUACCGGAAGAGUGUCACUUCAUGUGUACAUAUGAAAUCGACCAGAGCAAGACGAGAAAUAUGCUGCUCGAGCUUGUCAAGCAAAAACGAUGCAGCAUGCGGUAUCUAUCAGCCAUACUAUAUUGUGCAAGUCAAAAUAGGGACAACAGGAAAUGCUGUGCGGAUUUGGAUCUUAAUGCUACACAGUUGCAGGUCGGUUCUCGCUGUCUCCGAAUGUGCGAUCCAUCCGGAAUGGCAAUAGAACGACUUACUAAAGAAGAUGUAACAUGUCUAUACAACUGGAAUGUCAUCAUGUACUGUCAUCAUGCGGGAAUUCGAGAAAUGUGA